CUCCCCCCUACCGUCUAAACAUGGCCCGCCGCCAGGUGGGCCCCGGCCCCACCCGUCAUCCACCUGAUUGCCAAUAAUCCGAUGUGCAUUAAACGCACCAGAACCGAACGAACCAAUCCCGUCUCCUCCUCGCUUUGCUCCUCGCGAUUCCGGAGUCCACCUGCCCUCCUCGUAAAAGGAAGGCGAAAAAUCGAAGAAUUUCUCGAGCUCCGUAUCGCGUACGACACCCGAGCCGAACCCCCCAACCCGAGGCGGCGGCGGCUGCGGCGGCGGAGGCGAGCGGGAUGUACCCGGUGGUGACGGGGCCGCCGCCGGCGAGGCUGCCGGCGUCGACGCGGGUGGACAAGGCGACGAGCCACCUGCUGCAGGGCCCCGACUGGGCCAUCAACCUCGAGAUAUGCGACACCCUCAACGCCGACCGCUGGCAAACAAAGGAUGUGGUAAAAGCUGUGAAGAAGCGGUUGCAACAUAAAGAUCCAAGAGUUCAGUUUUUCACUUUGACGUUGUUGGAGACAAUGAUGAAGAACUGUGGUGAAUAUGUCCAUUUUGAAGUUGUUGAACAACAUAUUUUGCAAGAAAUGGUUAGAAUUGUCCAGAAGAAGCAUGAUACUCAAGUGAGGGAUAAAGUAUUGAUACUUCUGGACUCAUGGCAAGAAGCAUUUGGUGGACCUGGAGGCAAAUAUCCACAGUAUUACUGGUCAUACAUUGAACUUAAGAGGUCAGGAAUAAUGUUUCCCAGGCGCCCUGUAGAUGCUCCUCCAAUAUUUACUCCCCCUGCAACACAUCAUACUCAGUCUUAUGGUUCACCUACAUAUCCUGCUGGAAGUCUAAAUGAGAGAAUGACAUCCGAUGUUGAAACUCUGAGUUUAGGGGACUUAAAUAAUAUUAGAGAUACAACAGAACUUCUGUGUGAUAUGGUGAAUGCUUUGAAUCCUUCUGAUCGCAUGGCUGUUAAAGAUGAAAUUAUUUCAGAGCUUGUCACCCAAUGCCGAUCAAAUCAACAAAAGCUCAUGCGAUUUGUCAGUUCCACAGGAAAUGAGGAGCUACUGAAGCAAGGCCUAGAAAUCAAUGAUCACUUACAGAGCGUACUUGCAAAACAUGAUGCCAUUGCUUCUGGAGCUCCUUUGCCGGUCGAAACACCAAGGAAAGACGAGAUACCCAGAGAAGAUCCAAAAAUAAAGCCAUCUGCACCUCCGAUUGCACCUCCAUCCGCACCUCCAGUUGAAGAGGAUGAAGAUGACGAGUUCGCUCAGAUAGCAAGAAGAAAAAACAAAUCUGUGAUAAGUAGUGAUGAGGCAUCAUCCAGUGCUGGUGAUCAGGCCCUUGUACCCGUUGACCCAGUAACUUCUGAAGCCUCAUCUUCUGUUGCAAGCAAUGCAGUGGUGCCUGUUGACUCGUCUCCUGCCAGUGGUACUCGGACAAGAGAGCAGGACAUGAUCGACCUUCUAAGCCUCACCCUGUACAGCCCCCCUGAAGCAUCUACAGAUUCUUCUUCACAGACCCAAAAUGGCACGCAGCAGUCUGUCACGUCAAAUGGGCCAGAAUUACCACCAAACUAUCAGCCUGCUGCAUCAAAUGGAUCACAUUACUCUUCUAACCAGCAGGCAUAUCCAACGAAUCAAGCUUACACCCCAUACAACAAUUAUGUUGUACCUUGGGCCCAAGCUGGACAGGGCACACAGGCUGGAGGAGCAUAUCAAACUCAGCCCAUGCAACAAUAUGGAUCUAGCUACCCAGCACCACCAUGGGCGAUGCCAGCAAGUGUCAACUCAACCAAUCCUUUUCAGCCUGCAACAUACCAGAUGCAGAACCCUCCUGUUGCUUCUGUUGCCCCCACAAAUACCUAUCCAGCUCCUUCAUCGCCGUAUGCUGCUCCGCCAAGGCAACAAGUGCCAUCUCCUGCAACCAAACCGAUGCAACAGUACAACUCCUUUGUUUCUCAAACAAGAAGUGGUCCGGCAAUGGCUCAAGAUGUUAGAAUGAAUGGUAAUCCACGGCCAUCAGAAACUACAGCGGCUGCGGCCAAACCAUACUACAUGCCAGACAAUUUGUUUGGUGAUUUGAUUGAUGUGAAGAGUUAUGGUGGAGGCAAGAUGAGUAGAACGGCGAGCAUGCCUAGUCCAAAUGGCAGUGGCCAACCUUUGCUGGGUGGGAAGAAAUAGUUCUAGAGUUCCAAGCUAGCUACUACGGUUGUUCCACACGUGUCUAUAUUUGCUGUUGUAUAUCUGUUAAGGUUUCGCGUUGGUUACAUUUGUUAAUUUCGUGGUUGCCGCUUGUAUUUUAAAAGAGUAGAGCAUCAUUGCUUGUAAAUGAUCGAUGACAUUCAUCCGAGGGUGGCUUCUUGCUCGUUUAACUUCACCGCUUUGGUUUGUGAAGUAUGUGUAUAUAAUAUUCAGCUGAUGUGCAGACAUUCUCUCAUAUAUUGCCAAGCUGAAACAACUUUUGCA